CAGGCCUAUGACUGCACACGAAAAUCGUGAGAAAUAUCGACCGCCCAAAGAUAUCCGUCGUUCUUCCACAACGACCUCCUGCAGACAAACCUGCACCGUCGCCGGCUCACCGACUCCGGGCAUUUCACUUUAGGCUUCUUCGAGUUGAGAAUCGCAGUUCUCGGUAAGCCGAUCCGAGCCACAUCGAGAAUAUCAACCACACGAGGAGGGGCUCGAAAAAAUCGUUACCCCGCGGAUCAAGUCAUCACCAACCAUGUCGGCCGCCACAGUGUCGCCCAACGGUGACAACGUCGCUUCGGCGGGCAACGCCGACAACGUCCCCGCGUCGACUGGCGCGGACAAGUUCGGCAACGACGUAGAGUCUGGGUCCGACUCGGGCGACGAGUCGCAGCAGUCGGACAACGAGGCCGCUGAGAAGCCCAUCAAGUCCGCUCUGAAGAAGACGCCCGCGCCGGGACCCGCCGUGCCGAGACCGCCGCUGCCGCCCCAGACGGAUCCAAAAGAUCUCGACGUCAAGGCACUGACUCCCCUGACCCCCGAGAUUAUUGCGCGGCAAGCAACCAUCAACAUCGGCACCAUUGGCCAUGUCGCUCACGGAAAGUCGACCGUGGUGAAGGCCAUCUCUGGCGUGCAGACCGUCCGUUUCAAGAACGAGCUUAUCCGCAACAUUACAAUCAAGCUUGGUUACGCCAAUGCCAAGAUCUACAAAUGCGACAAUCCCGAAUGUCCGCGGCCAACAUGUUACAAGAGCUACAAGAGCGAGAAGGAGGUCGAUCCUCCUUGCGAACGCGAGGGUUGUUCAGGGACCUACAGGCUAAUACGUCAUGUCUCCUUCGUGGACUGCCCGGGUCACGAUAUUCUCAUGAGCACCAUGUUGUCGGGCGCCGCGGUCAUGGACGCAGCACUGCUGCUUAUCGCCGGCAACGAAUCAUGCCCCCAACCACAAACGUCAGAGCACUUGGCGGCUAUCGAGAUCAUGAAGCUGAACAACGUCAUCAUCCUUCAAAACAAGGUUGAUCUUAUGCGCGAAGAGGCGGCCAAACAGCACUACGAGUCCAUCCAAAAGUUCAUCAAGGGCACCGUGGCGGGAAACUCGCCAGUCAUUCCCGUUUCCGCCCAGCUGAAGUUCAAUAUCGACGCGGUUCUGGACUCCAUCGUCAACACCAUCCCCAUCCCCAUCCGAGAUUUCUCCCAGGAUCCGCACAUGAUCGUCAUUCGGUCUUUCGACGUCAACAAGCCCGGUGCCGAGAUCGAGGAGCUCAAGGGUGGCGUCGCCGGUGGCAGUAUUCUGCACGGUAUGCUGAAGCUCGGCGACGAAAUCGAGAUCCGACCUGGUAUCGUGUCGCGCGACGACAAGGGCAACCUCAAGUGCACGCCCAUCUUCAGCCGGAUCGUCUCGCUCAACUCGGAGGCCAACGACUUGAAAUACGCCGUUCCGGGUGGUCUGAUCGGUGUCGGUACCCGCAUCGACCCUACGCUCUGCCGUGCCGAUCGUCUCGUCGGCUUCGUGCUGGGUCUCAAGGGCCGUCUGCCCGAGAUCUACAGCGAGAUCGAGGUCAACUUCUACCUCCUCCGCCGCCUGCUCGGUGUCCGCACGGCGGACGGCAAGCAGGCCAAGGUCGAGAAGCUGGCCAAGAACGAGGUCAUCAUGGUCAACAUCGGCUCAACCUCGACCGGCGCCAAGGUCGUGGCCAUCAAGAAGGAUGCCGCCAAGCUGCAGCUCACCAGCCCGGCUUGCACAAGUAUCGGCGAGAAGGUCGCCCUCAGCAGACGUAUCGAGAAGCACUGGCGUCUCAUCGGCUGGGCUACGAUCGCAGCUGGUGUCACGCUCGAGCCUAGCAGCUCCUAAGUGCGGCCUCUUUUUCUUUCCACGACUGCAAUGAGAAAGGCAAGGGCCACGAAAAACCUGGCCUGUGAUCUAGGUGGUGGUGGAUCUUCAAGCUUCGAAUUGUGUGCGAGAUGGGACGUUGGGGCCUGGGGCCGGGAGAUUCACGCAUACAUACCAAAGGAUAUGGCGAGCAUGAAACAUGGUCUAUGGCUCUGUCAUUUUCAGGCGAGGGUUGUUGGUAGACGGAAAAGUAGCAGAGAAUUAGUCUUGUUAGGCAGGACAGCGUUUACCCGCCUGUUUCGCUGUUUGUUGUUUUCCUGACACUG